CUCUGCGGCCACUGUGUGUGCUUUUGUGGCUCGCAGCACGCAUUUUUCUUUGCAGGAUUACGGGGCAAGCUGAAACAACGGUGUGCUCGGGUGCUGUGUGUGUAAGUCACCGAAUCGCCAGGCAAGAUGAGCGUUAGAACGGUAACCGAAACCGUUGCCAGCAAGGCGGUGGUUUCUGCAACGCCCGCCGCCACUGGCCUCGGCGCCGCCAGCACACCCUUGCAACGGCCGUACGGUAAAAUCGUCCUCACGCUCGAAAACUGUCUGCUGCCGGAGGCUAAACUCGACCAAACACCGUCCCAGAGCGAUGGUCUCGACCGGGAAUCGGAAACCGACCUCCGGAUCCUCGGCUGCGAGCUGAUCCAGACGGCCGGAAUCCUCCUCAAACUGCCGCAGGUUGCCAUGGCUACCGGGCAGGUACUGUUCCAGCGGUUUUUCUACUCGAAAUCGUUCGUACGCCACAGCAUGGAAGCCACGGCUAUGAGCUGCAUCUGCCUGGCGUCAAAGAUCGAGGAAGCGCCCCGGCGGAUACGGGACGUGAUCAACGUCCUGCACCACAUCAAACAAGUGCGCAGUCAGAGGUAAGUGUCCCGCGGAUCCGAUCGUACCGAUCGCGUACCGCGUGCACCGUUGCUCCCGGCCAGCAGGACACCACACUCGCCGGUGUCGCUGCGGCCGCUCCGUUCAGCGACUUCUAUUAACUUUUUUCACUUAUAGUUUUGUAGGUAAGACGCUCAAUCUUACUCAAAACUCUAUCCCCCUCUCAAAGCAA